UUAGGAAGAGAGUAAAAUGAUGGGGAGUAGAAAGAGGACGACGCCGGCGAGCAGGACGCGAGUGGGGAACUACGAGAUUGGACGAACUCUAGGCGAAGGUAGCUUCGCUAAGGUCAAAUACGCAAGAAACACCGUCACUGGAGAUUUAGCCGCUAUUAAAAUCCUCGACCGCGAUAAGGUUCUACGUCACAAAAUGGUCGAACAGCUUAAAAGAGAAAUAUCGACGAUGAAACUGAUUAAACAUCCAAAUGUGGUUGAAAUCAUUGAGGUUAUGGCAAGCAAAACGAAGAUCUAUAUCGUUCUUGAGCUUGUCAACGGAGGUGAACUCUUUGAUAAAAUCGCUCAACAAGGGAGACUUAAGGAGGAUGAAGCUAGGAGAUAUUUUCAGCAACUCAUCAAUGCCGUUGAUUACUGCCACAGUCGAGGGGUCUACCACAGAGAUCUCAAGCCUGAAAAUCUUAUCCUUGACGCAAAUGGGGUUUUAAAAGUCUCUGAUUUUGGCUUAAGCGCUUUCGCACUACAAGUUCGGGAAGAUGGUUUGCUUCACACAGCUUGUGGGACGCCCAACUAUGUUGCUCCUGAGGUUUUGUCGGACAAAGGCUAUGACGGUGCAGCAGCAGAUGUUUGGUCAUGUGGCGUUAUUCUAUUUGUGCUCAUGGCUGGUUACUUGCCCUUUGAUGAGCCGAAUCUCAUGACAUUAUAUAAACGUAUAUGUAAGGCUGAAUUCAACUGCCCACCAUGGUUCUCGACAGGUGCCAAGAGAGUCAUUAAUCGUAUUCUUGAUCCUAGCCCUAUAACCAGAAUAAGUAUCGCAGAGUUACUAGAAGAUGAAUGGUUCAAGCAAGGGUACAAGCCGCCAUCGUUUGAGCAAGAUGAUGAGGACAUCAACAUUGAUGAUGUUGAUGCUGCUUUCAGUAACUCCAAGGAAUGUCUUGUAACAGAGAAGAAGGAGAAACCUGAAUCGAUGAACGCUUUUGAACUUAUCUCUAGCUCAAACGAGUUCAGUCUUGAAAACUUGUUCGAGAAGCAAGCCCAACUUGUGAAGAAAGAGACUCGGUUUACCUCUAACCGAUCUGCGAGCGAAAUAAUGUCGAAGAUGGAAGAAACAGCAAAGCCAUUAGGCUUCAAUGUCCGUAAAGACAAGUACAAGAUAAAGAUGAAAGGAGACAAAAGUGGUCGUAAAGGCCAGCUCUCAGUUGCUACAGAGGUGUUUGAAGUGGCACCAUCAUUGCAUGUGGUAGAGCUUAGGAAAACCGGGGGUGAUACCCUCGAGUUUCACAAGUUUUACAAAACCUUCUCAUCUGGAUUAAAGGAUGUAGUCUGGAAUACUGAUGGAGCAGCUCAAAAGCAUAAAGCUUAAUAAGUUCAUUAGCAAGUUGUUCUAUUCAAAAGCAACAUUCAAUUAAAUGGAAAAAAAGGGAAUUCAACAAACUGAAACUGUAAAAUGAACCUUCAAAGAAACUAGUAGAUAACAACAAAUUGCCAAACCUAGUGGGCUAUGAAGGUAGAUCCACAUGGAAUAUUCCUCAAAUCUCGGUUUGGUUUACUUUGAGUUAAUUGACUCAGUUAUUCAGAAUCCAGUAAUAAAGGGAUUGUUUCAUAAAAACUCGGGAAAUUUACUAUUUGAUUACAGUUGGAACAUUCCGUAAACAAAUAUUUACAUUAAUUUAUAUCCAAAUUUAUACCAUCGAUAGUUUUUAAAAAUGGUAAUGUUUUGUCUUGUUGCUUGAAUUGUUACUGGUUCAUUAAAGGACGCUGUAGUGUGCGUAUACUAUCGUACUGCCAAUAUCAACAACCCUGUUCCACUCGUUUCUAUGUAUUCGAUAUCGUUUAUUAAUGUUACAACCAUUUAAAUUGCUAGUCAAGUUUUAUACACUGUAUGUGAAGGUAUAUCUUCUGUAUUUUAUUCAUACAUUGAUGACGAACUGGUUUCUUGUUAGUUGGUAUUAGGCCGACCAAUAUUAACUGUUCGUCUAAGUCCUACACAUGGGCAACUAGUCCAUUUUUUUUUUCUGAAAUUACUAGUCCAUUUAUUAUCAUCAUUCUUUCAUUUAAUCUACACAUCAAGUACUUUGAUCUACUGGGAUAUUGCAUUUAAAUAGUUUAGUACGGCACCUUUUUAGCUCUUGUUACGCUCAUCAAGUUUGACGUCGAUUACAUAAACCUUUUUUUAUAUUACAGAAACUCCUAUAGUCCUAUAUAUAUACUUUUAUGAUAUAUUGAUAAUCAAUAUAACCUGAUAAUCAUUUCAAUCUACAAGGUAAGUAGUUUAAUCUAUGUUUUUUCAGUUCUUUCAAUACUAGUUAGUAGCUAGGUAAGAUAACAUAAGUAGGUUUGUAUUUCAUGCACGAGUAAAAUGUUGUAAGUUGAAAUGAUUUCACAAUAUAUAAAACGAUGUUAACUAAGCUAAGGUUCAAAGAUAUAAAGUUAUCAAUAUUAUUGAGUAACUAAAAUAAUUUUAAGUUAGGUUUGUUCAAAAUAAUAAUAACA